CAUUGCAGCCGCAGCUGGCCGUUUGUGACUCGGCGGAGGAGAGAGACAUUACCAAAGUGAACAAUGUCGACUGGCUUUCAGGGAUUUCCCUGGCUCGGCUUUCUCUUCUGGGGCUGUGGUGUGGAAGCAGAGGAGUAAGAUGGACGUUUUAUCCCCGUCAAGAGUGAAAAUGUGGAGCCGCAGCGCUGAGCCUAAGCAGCAGUCCCCCACCAUUCCUUCACCAGUCCGGUGGCCCAGCUUCUCACCAUGAACACCAGCAGGAACUGUACCACAGUGGGGAAUGGCGAGGGUCUGGCUGCCCUGGAGUCAGUCUCCAUUGUGACCAUCACGCUGCUCGCCUGCCUGGGGAACUUUCUGAUUGUGGCGACCCUUUAUCGCAGGCCUUAUCUGCUCACACCCAGCAACAAGUUUGUGUUCAGCCUGACUCUGUCCAACCUGCUGCUGUCCGUGCUGGUGCUGCCGUUCGUAGCUGUGAGCUCAGCAAAGAGAGAGUGGAUGUUUGGGGUGGUGUGGUGCAACUUCACCGCCCUGCUCUAUCUCCUCAUCAGCUCUGCCAGCAUGCUCACCCUCGGAGCUAUUGCUAUCGACAGGUACUACGCCGUGCUCUACCCGAUGAUCUACCCCAUGAAGAUUACAGGCAACCGGGCGGUUGUCGUCAUCGCCUACGUGUGGUUUCACUCGUUGGUAGGCUGCCUGCCUCCUCUGUUCGGCUGGUCCUCCUUUGAGUUCGACUGCUUCAAGUGGACGUGCGUGGCGUCGUGGCACAGAGAGCCGAGCUACACGGCCUUCUGGGUCACCUGGUGCAUCCUCCCACCCUUCUUCGUUAUGCUGGCGUGUUAUGGUGUCAUUUUCCGCGUAGCCCGCAUGAAAGCCCGCAAAGUUCACUGCGGGACUGUUGUUGUGGCCCAGGAUGACUCCACUGGAGCCCAGAGGAACGGGCGUAAGAACUCGAGCACCUCGACUUCCUCUAAUGGAAGUCGGCGGAGCCUCGUGUACGCAGGGAGUCAGUGCAAGGCUUUGGUCACCAUCUUAGUGGUGAUUGGCACCUUCCUCAUGACCUGGGGGCCAUACGUUGGGGUGGUGGGCACUGAGGCCUUGUGGGGUCAGGGCAGCGUGUCUCAGUGGGUGGAGACUCUGGUAGCGUGGCUGUCUUUCUGCAGCGCGGUGUGCCACCCACUUAUCUACGGCCUGUGGAAUAAAACAGUGAGGAAGGAGCUGCUGGGGAUGUGCUUUGGAGAUCGGUACUACAGAGAGUCGUUUGCCACGCGCCAAAGGACGUCCCGCCUCUUCAGCAUUUCCAACAGAAUCACAGACUUGGGGAUGUCCCCACACCUGACUGCCAUGCUCGCAGGUGGAGGACAGCUGUUGGCCCCAGGAAGCAGCACAGGAGACACUGGCUUCAGUUUCACUCAGGACUCAUGCACAGAUGUGAUGCUGCUGGAUAACUUCUCCACAGAUGGCUCCUCCCUCGCGCAGCACCACGGGCCUCCGUCCGGGAAAAGGAGGAGCUCAGUCACCUUUGAAGACCAGGUGGAGCAUUCCAAAGCUGAAAACACAUCCUCAGUCCAGAUCCACGCAGAGGUGCACAAAUCUCUCGACAUGUUCGCCUCCUGCUUGGCGAAAGCCAUAGAGAGCGAUGCUAAGCUCACCCUGUUUGGGGAGAGUUCAGCUCUGUCGGCAGGACUCCUCACAGCGAGGGCCGCGCCGAGGCCCAGAUACCUGGAAGGCCAGAGACUGAGGCUGGAGAGUAUUGAUGAAGGGAUCGUUAAGGAUGACAGAGGUGAAGAAGAGCAGGAUGGGGAGGAGAAAGCCACCUGAACACAGCGGCAUUCCCACUCUUGACACUGUUACAGAGCUUUGUGGUACCGCUGAUGAAAUCUGCCCUCUUUACAUGUGGAUACUCCUUACUUGAAAUGAUUAGCGAACAGGAAGAGGCACGUUAUUCAUUCUACAAUGUUGGACCCAGUGCAUAGCAUCAAAUCUAAUAGGAAGCCUUAACUACUGUAACUUCAUUGGUCUGAUGAUUGUAUUAACUUCUGCUAUAGUAUAUAUUAUGUUAUUGUAUGUUUUUAAGCUUAAUAAGAAAAAUUGCCUCAGUGGGCAAAAUGAAAAAAAAAUGACAGCAUCUUUUGACAGAUUAGCUCUUUUCAGGUGGAAUUUCUCUCCUAACCUUGCACUCAGUAAAUCUCCACUACAGGUUUUCCACUAACUGUGGAGAAUUAGACUGUGAGGUACGUGUUUACUCAGCGCAGGACAACCUGCACCUUUGUCACUCUUACUGGUACAGGAUGAACUCCAGUAAUUUGGAUUUGCAUGGGAAAGAUUCCCAUGGUUACCACUUUGUGCCAGAUGUCAGAUCAUGUGACCACUUCAGAGGGUUGUGCUUCUGCAAAUCUGUCCCUGCAAGGCAUAAAAAAAAAAAAACUUUCCACUGAUAAUAAUAUCUGAGACAUGUGGGUUGAUGGUCAGGUGUGUGCAGGUAAAGGAAGUAACUGUGUGUUUACAGAAAGUGAAUAGACCAGAGUCAUUUUCAAUAUUAUUAUUACCACCUGUCACUUUGCCUCCUGCAACAGUGAAGCUUUACUGAUUUCAGAGGCAUCACUGGUAGAUUUGGAAAAACUAGAUCACCUGCAGGUUUAAAUGUUAACAUUAUACCAGCCUUCCCUUCCAAUGCAUAGUGAUCUUUAAACAUAGGAAAUUGGUGGAUACUAAACAAGUUGCUUUGGAGUGAGACAGUUUACUAUAUUUAUGUACUGUUCAGUCCAGAGCGAUGUACUAUGUAGGGAGUUCAACCAUAACCAAACCACAACAACAUUUGCCUCAAGGCGCUGUUUAUUGUACUCUAUAAUAAUAUAGACCGUACAAUAAUGGGGGGGGGGAGAGAUUCAGUUGAUCCCCUAUGAGCAAGUACUUGGUGACAAUAAGAAGGAAAAACUUCCUUUUAACAGGAAGAACCUCCAGCAAAACCAGGUUUAGGAAGCGGUAUGGUUAUUUAAAAAACAACAACAUUUAAACACUUCUAAAUGACCCAAUUAAUAUGUGCACAUUCCAGUGACAAUGCGAUGCAGUUUGCAUUUCGUUCAGUGAUGUUAGUAAAGGUACGGCAUAACACUUUGCAUAUAUAAACAUAUUUUGCCAGCAAAAAAUCUAAAAUGUCUGUCAAUAUCUGUAGUAUGAAUAAGGUGCCUGCUGUAAGCACAGCUGGAGUCCUGGUAUUUCAUGAUUACGUGCGACUGUGGGCAAACACAGUUACUGCACUUAAACACACAAUGUGUAUUCUUUCACUGCAGUUUCUUAUCAGUGAAGACCGAAUGAGCUAACAAGAAAUGGAGAUCAUAGGAAAAUGAAGUCCAGAAUCAAUAAUCGAUCUUGUUGAUGUCAGAAAUAAAAUAUGUUUGUGUGUUAGUGUUUAGUGUUGAAUCAGAGGAAACCUGAGCAUAGGGAAUAUUCAUUGGUACACUGGGUUGUACCUCACCUUAUACACUCUCUGUAUUAGGAGAGAAUUUUUUUUAUACAUAGAGCCCAGUUGUGGUGCUUCAGUCUUACCUCGUAUGUUGAACAGGUACUAUGUUUGUAAGAAAAAAAUGUACACCUGAGAAGUGAUGUAACCUUUUCAUAUACAGUAAGUGUUAAUACAAAUGUUUGCAUUAAAUUUAGUUUUUACAUAAAACAUUGAAUUCUUUGUGUCUGCUGUGAAUGAGAGCUGAAGCCAAACAGCAACCAAAACAUUGAAUCACUGAGCUGUUUGUUUCUCUUGUUCUGCAAACAAGCCGCAGUCAGCAUCACCUACAGCUGUAUUGACAGCUUGUUACCUGGAUCAUAAAAUACUUUAUGCUGCAGGGAAGAAUAAAAGCUGAUACCCCAAACCUCAAGACAUCAGUAACAUUAGUUUAUCACCUCUAUAAAUAUGAAAUGACUUUAACGAAAAUGUUCAAUGUGUUUCUUCCUUAAAGAAAAAGUUCUUGUUUGGGCCCCAGAUUUGGGCCUAAGGUGAAAGAACCUCUUGGUCUUCUUUCCAAAAUUAGCUAAAUCUGCGCUCGUUUCUAUCAGGCAGCCAGGAGUAAUCUUUGGCUCUGAUUUCACUUUGUACAUGUCAAACUUCUGGUUCACUCUUGUUUUUAAUCACUUGUAAAUUAUUGCCAAGUUAAGUCCCAUUGAGUCACGCUCUGAACUGGAAAUUAUUAUUCAUGUACUUAUUUCAUCACUGUAAUUGUAUUUUUACUUGUCUAAGCAAAAACAUCCUUGGAACAUCUGCAGGUUUCUCAGACCACUGCUGCGAGGCUUCUCACUACAUAUUCCAAGUUCUCAUGUCACACCAUUGCUCUGCCAGCUACACUGGCUUCCCAUUGAAUCGGAAUCUGCUUUUCACUUUUAGAGCUCUUCACCUUUACACCCCAU